AUGCCAUCUGAAACUCUCAUACGCGCGGAAAUCGCGAAGCACAACACCGAGGAUUCCCUCUGGUGCAUCAUCGAUCACCAAGUCUAUGAUCUGACCGAUUUUGUCGACGCACACCCCGCUGGUGCCGUCGUACUUGCUCAGGUUGCUGGCCAGGACGCAACAUCAGAAUUUUACAAUCUGCAUCGCCAGGAGGUGCUGGAGAAAUACCGUGACCAGUUUUUCAUCGGCGUCGUUGAAGGCGAAAAACCCGAGGUCAUAGUGCCCGUUCCUGGAGCCUUGAGCCCCGUGCCCUACGCAGAACCAUUAUGGCUGCGACCCCAAUUCAAAUCCCCUUACUACAAGGAGACCCAUAGACGCCUGCAAAAGGCCGUCCGGGAAUUCACGGAUAAAUAUGUGACACCCGAAGCGUAA